AACAACAGCCUGGUGAUAUCAUAUGCUGGCUGAAGCUCCACACAGAAGCAAAAUGGCCGAUAGUAAACUAAUCGAUCAUACAGCGUCUGACAGUCACCAAGGGGUUAUGCAUGUUUUGUUUACAGCUUGAGAGCUACAGUCGCGCAAAAGGAUACUCAUUUCCCUGUUUUUCUACAGUUAACAUUUCGCCUUUCGGUGAUGUCAUUUCUUAUUCAAUUUCGCCUUGAAAGCCUCGAAGAACUAGCUCGCUAGGCUAGCUACCUUGCUAGCCUGCUAGCGGUAGGUCUGCAAGAAUUUUUGCACAGAAGCACUUUAUGUCCUUUCUGAUUCCCGAAACAGGUGAAUCAGGAAAGGGAACAGUAGUUCAUGGAAGACAAGAAAAAGAAGAAAGAAGACAAAAAGAAAAGGGAAACCUCUCAGAAGGUGCCAGAACAGAAAAUCAAAGUGCCAGAAUCAGCCAAGCCCUCGUGUUCCCAGCCACUCGCCACCCCAGGCUCAGUGUCCCCCAGCCCUGGCCCUGUUGCCCCCUCAUCCCCCAGUCCUGGUGCAGCUGGGGUUUCUGCACAAGUCCCUCCUAGUGGUGGGAACAAUGCAAAGCAGCGGGCAGCUGUGGCCAACGGACAGUCCUCCUCCUCUCCCUCUGGAAGCCAAACCUCCCAGCAGCAGCGAUACAUGUCCAGAGAGGUUCCACCAAGAUUUCGCUACCAGGACCAUAAAGUGCUACUGAAGAGGGGCCAGCCACCGCUGUCCUCCAUGCUGCUGGGCGGAGGAGGAGGGGAAGUAGGUGCAGGAGGGGUUGGAGGAGGCACUGGCUGGGCAACCACCCCACCUCUUUCCUCACCAGGUGCCGAUAACCCCAAUGCAACCACAUCUGGAGGCACAGAUUCCAACCUGGGUUCAUCCUCCCCUACACCCCCCAACUCCUCCUCAUCCUCAUUGUGUGUUUCUGCUUUGUCGUCUUCUUCUUCUACUACUACUACUACUUCAACUUAUGCAAAUUCCACAUGGGGGGCAGGCUCUGGCAGCCAGUCCUCUUCUCAGGGCUGCGGGAAGGUGUUUGUGGAUGGGACUGACCUGGAUGAUUGGCCAAGCAUCCUAGGCGGGGCCAAACUGAGUUCUGAUGGGGCUGGAGGAGGUGUGCAGGAACAAGACUGCCCCGGUAAGAACAACAACAGUAGUGCCUCAUGGAAUCAGACAAACAUCCAGCAGAAGGGAGAAGGAGGAGGAGCAGGGAACACGGACAAUCCUUCCCCACCUCGUUCUUCUCCUCUUUCCUCCUCUUCCUCGCUUAAUGAAUGUGUUCAGUCCAGUGGUGGUGUGUGGGGCUCUUCCACCUCCUCUCAGGUGGAGGCAGGUGGAGGAUCAGCAGCAUUUUACAAUUCCAAAGUCUCCCAUCUUCUUCCUGGGCCACAGGAGAGCCAUGUGGGUGGUGGCAGCAGUGGCCCUGGUGCCAAUUUCAACCCCAACGUGAAUCCCUCUGCCUGGCCUGCCCUAGUGCAGGGUGGGACAACAACUUCGGCUAGUGACGGCCUUCCACUGCACUCAUCCAUUACAUCAGCUUCCUCGUUCUCUGCCAGCACCACCAUCAUUACCACUCACUCACUUUCAUCUGUGAAUCAAACUGGUCUUCAUCAGCAGCACACUGAGACACCUGUGGGAGUCAUGAGUGGAGAACAGCAGCAGCAUUUAGGAAACCCAAGACCGGAGCAGAGUUCAGGUGAGGGAGCAGAAGGAGCAGGACCAAAUCCAGAAGGUGGCAAUGAGAAGGACUGCGGGGCUGUUGGUGUUGAAGUAGAAGGGAGUGAUUGCCUUUCUGGCUCUUCAUGUUCUUCCUUAGCUGCCUCCUCUUCGUGGAGAUCCAUGCCACCGGUGUCCUCUGACCUCAGCGCAGCUCCAUCACAGGUAGAUGGGUGGGGUGGAGGAGCGACUGGAGCUCAGGGGCAGGAAGGGAAUGUGUGGGGCUUUGGUAGCCAAGGUGACAAGGAAGGGUGGGGCAGAGAUAAUAAUGGUGGCUCAAAUACCCCAGUGGUAUCUCAGGGAGCGUGGGAAGGAGGCAGUUCAGAAGCAGAGUGGAGUGGCACGGCUGGAGGUAUAAGUUCAAGUAACUUAGCAAUAGGAAGCAGGAGAGAAGGAGAUGCGAGCAGCAGCAGCAGCAGCAGCAGUGGGGAAAGUGUAAGUGUAGGUGUUGGUGGCAGCGUUUUGCAGGACUCUGCCUCACCAAAGUUUGCAACUAUGACAAAAGCUUGGGACAAUCAGAAAGGGAUGGAAAUCGGGGACGGGGCAGUUGGGAAGUGGGAUGGAGGUGGAGACCCUGGAGGUGGAGGACCUUCAAUCUCUAGUGGAGGAGGUUCUAUAGCUGGAAGUGGUGGAGGCGGGAAUGGUAGCGGACUUAAGCAGGAUCGAACCUCGUCUGCAGACCACCGCUCCCUCCCGCAGACAUCCGGUGCAGAAGUGGCCUUACUGAGCAUGCUCAAUCGAUCUGACUUGGACCCCAGGGUUCUGUCUAACACGGGCUGGGGGCAGACCCAGAUUCGGCAGAAUGUUGCCUGGGAUCUGGACACCUCAAUAGGAGUAGGAAACAGAAAUGAAAGAAGCACUUCCUCUGCCGUUUCAUCAGCAGCCCUGAGCCCUACCCCUAGUCGUGGUUCUGGUUACCCGUCUAACACCAGUUCAAUAAUUAAUGAUCCAUCUGCUGGCAGUCACACGACCAGCCUGAACUCUGGCCCUGCUGCAGUGAGGGAUGGCUGGGAUAGUGGUGCUACUCAGUCCACCUGUGGCCCCCAUAUGCCUGGUAGCACUAUAAGAAAGCCAGGGACACCAGAAGAAGAUGUGGAGGGGGACAUGGGGAAGCCAGCUGGAGGAUGGGGUGAUCUCCCACCUGAAAACCAGGGCAAAGGAUGGGGGGCUGAAGAACAACAACAAUGGAGGGAUUGCAGAGGAGGAGGGAACUGGAGAGACAGUGGAGAACAGGGUAGUGGGUGGGGUGAUGGUCCAGAGGAUAAAGGGACAGGGGGACGGAAGGGGACUGGAAGAGGGGAGGCAGGUGGUUGGAGGGGACAGUGUGGAGGUGGAGGAAACUGGGGACAGAGAGAGAGUGGGCCUGGAAGCAGCUGGGGAGAUAGGCGCAACUCUGAUGAGGGAACUUCUUGGGGUAAUUUAGAUGAAGGGGGAUCUCAGCGAGGAGGAUGGGGAGGAGAUGUGGGUGGAGGAAAAUCCCACCAGGAAUGGGGGAGUGCCAAGCCCCACACAGCAGCAGCACAGAUACCAAACAGCCAAGUGGCACCAAUGAAAGCCCCAAAUCAACAGCAGCACCAAUCACAGGGCCAGCAGCCACCGGGAGGUCCCUUGCAAGGAGGGUGGAACAGCCGGUCCAAUGUUGGAGGUGGAGGUCCACCAUCCAAGAACCAGAACCAAAGUUCGGGCUGGAACUCCGGUCCAAUCCCCCAAAUCUCUGGAGGUGGGGGGGACUCCCUGGAGCCCAGUGGGUGGGAAGAACCCUCCCCUCAGUCCAUCAGUCGCAAAAUGGAAAUAGACGACGGCACGUCAGCCUGGGGAGACCCAACCCGCUACAACAGCAAGAAUGUGAACUUAUGGGACAAGAACAGUGGCCAAAGCCACAGUCAGCAGGCCCCACCACCAUCCAUCCAGCUGCAGCAGCAACCACCUAGAAGGCAGCAGGGGAUGCAGCACAGCAGAGACACAAACUCUGGCAACACUGCAGUGGGUCCAGGUAUGUGGGGAGGUGGUGCACAGUCUGUGGACGAUGGCACAGCCGCUUGGGGCCAGGCAUCAGAAGCACCAACCGGCUGGGGCGAUCCGGAUGAACCCAGCAAAGCUUCUGGCUGGCGGAACCAUUCACCCAACCCUGGCAAGUCUGGCACCAAGUCAAUGGAGAGCUGGGGCGGGAAGGGAGAGGGUUCUGUCGCCGCCUCUCGUCACCCCAGCUGGGACGAGGAAGAUGAUGGUGGUGGAGGAGUCUGGAACAGCACUGGUUCGCAGGGAAGCAGCUCCUCGUUCAACUCUGGAGGCUGGGGUCAGACUCAUGGCGGAAAGAGAGGCAACAUCAAGAGUGGAGGAGGGGACAACUGGAUGAACCCAGUGUCACGUCAGUUUUCAAACAUGGGUCUUCUGGGUGAUGACCCAAGUGUUGACAAAAAGAUGGAAGGAGACAAGAGAGGGAUCACUGAUUAUAAUGGAGAGAUACGCAGGGGAGGAAGAGGUGGAGGAGGCUACCGUAUGCCUAGUUCCAAAGACAUGGGUCCUGCUGACAUGGGGCCCUAUGGUGAAAAGAUGGGUGCCCACAGAGUAUUUGUUGGCAGUGGUGGAGGGAUGCACCAGCCUGGCGUGCAUCAGAUGAACCCCUCCCCGGGGUUACGUGCUCAAGUGCCUCAUCAGUUCCUGUCUGCUCAGGUGCCGGGUCCUGUGCUGAAGCAGAUGCCCUCCCCUGGUGGCAGUGUGGGUGGAGUAGUCGGAGGAGUAGGAGGUGUCGGAGGUGUCGGAGGGGUCGGUGGUGUUGGUGGAGGAGUGUUCCCUCCUCAGAUUUCCCCACAGCAGCUAGCAAUGCUCAGCAACAUUUACCCCCACAUGCAGCAGUUCCAUCUGUUCCCUCAGCCUCAGCCUCUCAGGCAGCAGCCAGACCCACAGCAGCUGGCAAGGAUUAUGGCUAUUCUGCAGCAGCAGAGACAGCAUCAGCAGGGUGGAGUUGGAGGAACGGCAGCAGGAGGAGGGAGCUCCAAACUGUCUCCUUCUCACCUAGGAGGGGGGCAUUCCAAACAGCCCAUGUUAGACCCCCUUCCACAUCCUGGAAUGGGGGGCCCCUUGUCAGACCUUCAUGCCAAAACCCAAGGGAUGUAUUCCGGGCUACCCUCUGGGGGUAACCUGUCGGGACUGGAGCUUGGUCCCAUGAUGGGAGGGAUGAAGGACACAGGAGGACAGCAGUCCCGAUUCAAAUGGAUGAUGGAGGGACAUUUCCCAGCGCCUUCUCCCCCUGAUACAACCCUUCACAAGAACGGCCCGUUACCCAGUGCUAUAAAGGUGAGAGGAGGAUCCCCUUACUCCCAGUAUGAAAUGCUGGGUGGUGAUGGUUUAGGGAUUCCCUCUCAGGGUCCUGCAGACAACUGGCACCGAACCCCUGGUAGUAAAUUGGGGAACAAACCUGCCAUAUCCAGCUGGCCUCCAGAAUUCCAGCCCGGUGUGCCCUGGAAGGGAAUUCAGAGUAGUGGGGAUCCAGAGUCUGACCCCUACAUGACCCCUGGUAGUGUCCUUGGUUCCCCAGGUCCCCCGAGCCUCAACGACUCUGACCACCAGUUACUGCGAGACAACAUAGGGCCAAAUCCCUCCCUCAACACCUCGCUGCCUUCACCUGGUGCCUGGCCCUACAGUGCCUCAGACAGCCCCCUCAGCAAUGCACACAGCACAGGAAAGUACUCAGAGUAUAAGACCAGCUGGCCCCCAGAGCCCAUUGCCUGGCCCUACAGUGCCUCAGACAGCCCCCUCAGCAAUGCACACAGCACAGGAAAGUACUCAGAGUAUAAGACCAGCUGGCCCCCAGAGCCCAUCGGACAAAACAAGUUGUGGAAGACCAAUCGCAACAGCUCACAGCUGCCACGCCCCCCUCCUGGCUUAACCAAUCAGAAGCAGUCUUUUCCCUCCCCAUGGAAUAGCGGAGGUCCACGGUUGGCUCGGAGCUGGGGAGGGGGUGGGAUUAAUCAGGAGUCGAGAUUUGGGCCAGGCUCAGCUUGGAGCGACGGUGCGGCUUCCAGAAGCAGCUGCUGGUUGCUUCUGAGCAACCUGACCCCUCAGAUUGAUGGCUCCACGCUGAGGACUAUUUGCAUGCAGCAUGGCCCCCUGCUGACCUUCCACCUCAGCCUGACCCAGGGCAGCGCUCUGAUUCGCUACAACAGCCGGCAGGAAGCAGCCAAGGCCCAGGGUGCACUGCAUAUGUGCGUUCUGGGCAAUACCACAAUCCUGGCGGAGUUUGUGAGUGAGGAUGAAGUCGCUCGUUAUUUUGCACAUUCCCAGGCCGGAGGGGCAGAGGGGGCCAGCUCAGGAGGGGUCACGGCCAGUGGGACGCAGGUUUCAUCUGGAACAGGCACCACUGUGGCUACCAGUGGAGGCAGCUCCCCAGGGAGUGAGCGGGCAGCAUCGUGCACAACUUCAGGAGGAAAUGGAAAUGCUGCUGGAGGAGGGGAUAGUGGAGCAGCGGUUCUAGGUAGUGUGAGGUCCUCUGGCUCUGGAUGGCAAAGUCUCGAUGGUACAGGCAGUUCUUCAGAAACCUCUUCAGCCCAAGGACCGGGGCUGGGGAUAUUUUCCCAGUGGAGCACCAACGGCUCAGGGGAGGGAGGAGGUGUUGGAGGAGUGGAGUCUGGGAGGCCUGGGCUCUGGGGUGGUAUGACUGCUGGAUACCCAAGCAGCAGCCUGUGGGGGGCACCACAAAUGGAGGAAAGGCACCAAAUGGACAGCCCUGCCUCACUGUUGCCCGGCGACCUGUUGGGAGGAGGAGCUGAUUCCAUCUGAUGAGCACCCUCCAUUUGUACGAGUGGGUUUGGACACAAUGAUACAAAAUACACUGGGAUACAUUUGUACUUACUAUAGCACAUACACGAACACAUUUACAUGGUAUGCAUAUUAAUGUACUACACAUAUACACACGUGCAUACAUACAAACAUACAUGGUAUGCAUAUUAAUGUGCACACAAAGCAGAAAUGUGAGACAUGCUUACACACAUUCUUGUGGCCAGACUUAAGCUAUUAUAUAAACAAAUGCAGGGACUGUUAGGUGUGUAUACAGCCUUUUUCCACAGAUGAAGAUUUCAACUGCUUAGACUUGAAACCUGAAAAAGAAUGAAAAGUCAGUUGGUCUGACAGACUUGACUGGAUUGCAACGUGCUUAGUAAAUAGGGGACUUUUCAACAGAUUUACAUACACAUGCACACACCAAAUACAAACAAGCCUUCAGACAGAUGGGCACUGUAAACAGCAUUACCUUCAUCUUACCUUCAUAAGAGAACUUAAAACUACUACAUGAUGUGAGAUUUAAGUGCAGUUUGUAUUCACGUCCGCUUAAAGUCGGAGACCGAAUUCAGACACAUGCAAACAGCUCUGAUUGACGACAGAACUGUAUCUUACUGUGUAUGUUAAGUUUGUUUAUUCUGUUUGUUUGUAUGUAUGGUUUUAAUUUUUGAACAGUGAAUAUAUUGAAAAAUGUCAUUGUUCUGUUUUCAAAAUGCUGACCUCCUACUGUUGUAUCUCACGCACUCUUUCUCUGUUAUUCUCUCUUGAACAUGUUUGUUACUGUUGCAGUGAUAAAUGUUAAAUUGCUGGCAGUUUGAGGUUACGUUGCAUUUCUCAAUGUGUCGAUACUGUGUGCGGUAUCACUGACACUAUACGGACAUGAGUGUGAGUGAGACUGAGACCAAGUAAGUGGAUUAAACCACCAGAGUUGUGUGAAUGUGAGGAUAAUGCGAGAAAACAGCAUUUGUGCCAAGAUUUCCAAACAUACGGUCAGCAGUAUACAAAUGCACUCAAAACUAAUUUUGUAGACCUUCUGUAUAGUAAGCAGCCUUGCCCACAUUAUGACAGGCAGUAACAUACACGCCCACACACACGCAUUAUCCUCACAUUCACACAACUCUGGUUAGCUGACACCAGGAGCACUACCCAGCAUACUUUGAUAAUGUAUAUUGUCUUCUGUGUAUCUGUUAUUAGAACAUCCCUGAUAAUGUCAUCAAGAUUAUCUAUACAUCUGGUU